UCAGUUCAGGGCCUUGAAACACCUCUUCGGAGACUCCCUCCUUCCAAGCUCUGUCUUCUGGCGCCCUGCCUGGUUGCCGUGGAAACAGGUUCCACUGCGGACAAAGGAGGGAGCUGGGUCCUGCUUCCUCCUGGUCCUGUCGAUGAGGAUUUUUAGACCGUGGAGACUGCGCUGCCCUGCCCUGCACCUACCCUCACUCUCUGUGUUCUCACUAAGGUGGAAAUUGCCCACCCUCACUACUGACGAGACCAUGUGUAAAAGCGUGACCACAGAAGAGUGGAAGAAAAUCUUCUAUGAGAAGAUGGAGGAGGCAAAGCCGGCUGACAGCUGGGACCUCAUCAUAGACCCCAACCUCAAGCACAAUGUGCUGGGCCCUGGUUGGAAGCAGUACCUGGAGGUGCAUGCUUCAGGCAGGUUCCACUGCUCCUGGUGCUGGCACACCUGGCAGUCGCCCCACCUGGUCAUCCUCUUCCACAUGUUCCUGGACCGCGCCCAGCGGGCUGGCUCGGUGCGUAUGCGCGUCUUCAAGCAGCUGUGCUAUGAGUGCGGCACGGCGCGGCUGGACGAGUCCAGCAUGCUGGAGGAGAACAUCGAGGGCCUGGUGGACAACCUCAUCACCAGCCUGCGCGAGCAGUGCUAUGGGGAGCGCGGCGGCCAGUACCGCAUCCACGUGGCCAGCCGCCAGGACAACCGGCGGCACCGCGGGGAGUUCUGCGAGGCCUGCCAGGAGGGCAUCGUGCACUGGAAGCCCAGCGAGAAGCUGCUGGAGGAGGAGGCAACCACCUACACCUUCUCCCGGGCGCCCAGCCCCGCCAAGCCGCAGGAGGAGACGGGCUCAGCCUGGAACUUCUGCUCUCUCCCCUGGUGCUUGUUUUGGGCCACAGUCCUGCUGUUGAUCAUCUACCUGCAGUUCUCCUUUCGUAGCUCCGUCUAAGAUUCCCUGGGUGGGCCCAGAGCCUGUCGAGGGUGCCAGUUAGCUGAUGGGAAGGUAGAGGAGAAACCUGGAUUGGGAGUAGUGUCCACUUCUAGCGCUGGUGAUGCCACUGACUCAGUGGAGAUCUUGGACAAAUUAUACAGUUUUGCCUUUUAUAAAACUAACGGUUUGGGCAAGAUCACUGGUUUAUCGUAGUGAAACCCAGGACCCCAAAGUUCUGCUUAGGUGCCUCAGGGCCUUUUGGAUUGGGAAAGUAGACUAAGCAAGUGGGUGUCUUCAACUCAUCCUCCACCUCCUGCCUCCUCCUCUUGCUUCAAUCAGAACAGCUUUACUUUAGAUGGAGUUCCAUUCAAGAUGUUUGUACAAAAAAAAGUUUAACUACUUUUGAAAAGUUUGAAAAUGAGAGGACUGGGUGAUCUCCAAAGGGUUUUCCACAGUAAUGAGCUUGAUCUUGCCCCUGAUAGUCCUGCACCCCUACCCCUCAUGAUUCCCCACAUUCUCUAGCUGCAGCCUUAAAUUAGCUUCUUUGCCCACCCUGUGAGCCUUGUCCAUGAUUCUGCCUUCACAUAUGCAGCAGGGCUUUCCCUUGAAGGGCAAGAGGUGGGAGACCAGGCUGUUCCUUUGCUGUUGGGUACACAGCGUCUCUUGCUUUUGUUUCUCAGAUUCCAGCUUCUUUCCACUCAGGGUGAAUGCUGGGGUCUGCCUGGCUGAAAGAUGGUGGUUGGGGUGGGGUCCCAUAGAGCUAGGCUUCUCACCCAUGGCGUAUGAACUGGCAGAUAAUUUAGGGGAGGUUUAGAAGACAGAGUUUUAGAAGCAAAGCAAAAAAUCCCUGGGAAGCGUUAUAAUGGAGGAUCUUCAGAGUUCAGGGGCCAAGUCUAGCAGAUUCUCAGCAACACCGAUGGCCAAAACACAGGAACAGGAGCCUGGCCUCCUGGGUUCUUUGCUGAAAUUACAGUUAAAUGGCGUUUCCACAUUGGCCAAGAAUGAGGCCUCUUGUCAAAGAUCAGCUUUCCCCCUAAAGCCACAGGGAUGGGGUGUCUCCAGCAAGAAAGAGGGCGUUAAAGAUGUAAAAUGUUUUGUCCAUGUGGAACUGCUCAGAUAUGUGGGAGAACCUUACAAGGCUCUACAGUGAGAUGUAAUAUGGGUUGAGAUGGGAGGAGAGAAGACUUUCUGACAGUGGGGGUCUGGAAUGGAAUUGGUGGGGAGAGGCAGCAAGCUGCACUUUUGAGGGGCUUCAUUAACCCCAACUCUGUUAAUAACUUGAUCCCCUCUCCUCCUUCCCUGCACUUUUGAGGGGCCUCAUUUACCCUACCUCUGUUAAAAACUUGACUACUCUCCUCUUUCAUAGAAAGUCACCAUCAUCUGUAGUGAUGGAGGAGGGGGGGUCACUUACAUAAACAUGGGACACUUUAAUAAAGACAGGGUAUCUUCAA